AUGUGGCGCGAAUGCGAAUUCCCUCGCCCAUCGCCCUUGCUUCCCCCGCCCAUCGCGCUCGCUUCCCCCGCCCAUCGCGCUCGCUUCACCCGCCCAUCGCGCUCGCUUCCCCCGCCCAUCGCGCUCGCUUUCCCCUCCCGUCGCCCUCGCUUCCCCCUCCCGUCGCCCUCGCUUUCCCCUCCCGUCGACCUACCAACCCCCUCCCGUCCCCCUCCUAUCGCCCUCCCAUCGCCCUCCCAUCGCCCUCUCAUCGCCCUCCCAUCCCCCUCCCAUCCCCUUCCCAUCCCCAUCCCGUCGCCCUCCCAUCCCCCUCCCAUCGCCCUCUCAUCCCCCUCCCGUCGCCCUCCCAUCCCCCUCCCGUCCCCAUCCCAUCACCCUCCCAUCCCCCUCCCGUCCCCCUCCCAUCCCCCUCCCAUCCCCCUCCCAUCCCCCUCCCAUCCCCCUCCCGUCGCCCUCCCAUCCCCCUCCCGUCCCCACUUCAUCCCCCUCCAAUCCCCCUCUGAUCCCCCUCCCGUCCCCAUCCCAUUACCCUCCCAUCCCCCUCCCAUCGCCCUCCCAUCCCCCUCCCGUCCCCACUUCAUCCCCCUCCCAUCCCCCUCUGAUCCCCCUCCCGUCCCCACCCCAUCACCCUCCCAUCCCCUCCCGUCCCCAUCCCAUUCCCCUCCCAUCCCCCUCCCAUCCCCCUCCCAUCCCCCUCCCAUCCCCCUCCCAUCCCCCUCCCAUCCCCCUCCCGUCCCCAUCUCAUCCCCCUCCCAUCCCCCUCUGAUCCCCCUCCCGUCCCCCUCUGAUCCCCCUCCCAUCCCCCUCCCGUCCCCAUCCCAACACCCUCCCAUCCCCCUCCCAUCGCCCUCCCAUCCCCUCCCAUCCCCCUCCCAUCCCCCUCCCGUCGCCCUCCCAUACCCCUCCCAUCCCCCUCCCAACACCCUCCCAUCCGCCUCCCAUCCCCCUCCCAUCCCCCUCCCGUCCCCCUCCCAUCCCCCUCCCAUCCCCCUCCCGUCACCCUCCCAUCCCCCUCCCGUCCCCAUCCCAUCACCCUCCCAUCCCCCUCCCGUCCCCAUCCCAUCACCCUCCCAUCCCCAUCCCGUCGCCCUCCCAUCCCCCUCCUGUUCAUUCUCUGAGCCCCCUGCUCAUUCUCUUCUCCACUGCUCAUUCUCUUCUCCACUGCUCAUUCUCUUCUCCACUGCUCAUUCUCUUCUCCACUGCUCAUUCUCUUCUCCACUGCUCAUUCUCUUCUCCACUGCUCAUUCUCUUCUCCACUGCUCAUUCUCUUCUCCACUGCUCAUUCUCUUCUCCACUGCUCAUUCUCUUCUCCACUGCUCAUUCUCUUCUCCACUGCUCAUUCUCUUCUCCACUGCUCAUUCUCUUCUCCACUGCUCAUUCUCUUCCCCCCUGCUCGCUCUGUUCCCCCUUUCACUCACCCCCAUCUCCAACCACGCAGUGUACAGGUCCCAGAAUCCCAGCACCACAGGCCAAGGUUGCAUGCUGUGUAGCAAACAAGAAGACCUUACAUUUCCUAGCUGUCUUCUUUGCGUUGAAAAUCAAUUGUAA